AUGUCCAAAGUCAAGUCCAAGUCCGUGCCUAGCACAGGGUCUAAGCCCGGUGUCCUGUCGAAGGUCAAGGGGGCAGCAGUGUCGAAGCCAUCGCAAAGUGUGAAGGCAAAGAGCAAGGAGAUCGCGAAGGAGGUUGCCGCAAAGGAACAGAAGAAAGAUAAGAAGAACAAGAAGGUUCCUGUCAAGGAGCCCACUCCCGAGCCGGAGUCGAGCUCAGAGGAAGAGGAGAGCGAGGACUCGGCCAGCUCAGAGGAAGAUUCUGAGACUGAGGAGGAUGUCAAGACCAACGGCGCCAGUGGAGUGAAGGUUGAUGAGGACGAUUCCGAGGACGAUUCAAGCGAAGAGUCCGACUCUGAAGCAUCGUCGUCCGAGGACGAAGCUCCCAAAUCGAACGGUGCUGUUUCCAAGACCAAGCCUGCUGCCAAAGCUUCCGAAAGCGAGGAGGAAGACGACGAUAGCAGCGAAGAGGAGUCUGAGGAAGAGAAGCCCGCCGCCAAAGGUGCCAAGAUUGGCAAGACUGCUGUGGAGGAAGAUGACGACGAGUCUGAGGAGAGCUCAGACGAGUCGGACAGCGACGAAGAAGCUGCUCCCCCCAAAGCAGCAAAGACAGCCAAGGCCAAUGGUGUCAAAGCUGCCGAGAGCAGCGACGAAGAUGACGACUCUGACGACAGCAGCGAGGGAGAUCAGAGCAGCGAUGACUCUGAGGAAAGUGAUGAAGAGGCGGAAGCUAAACCUGCCAAACGUAAGGCCGAAGAUGUCGAAGAGCCUGCCGCAAAGAAGACAAAGGUCGAGGAGGAUGGUUCAAGGGGAUCCAUCCUCUUUGUCGGCAACCUCUCCUGGAACGUCGACGAGGAAUGGUUGAAGUCGGAGUUCGAACAAUUUGGUGAGCUCGGCGGUGUUCGGCUGAUCACUCAACGCGAGGAUGGUAGAUCUAAGGGCUACGGAUACGUUGAGUUUGUCAACGCCGCUGAUGCCGCCAAGGCCCACGUUGCAAAGCAAGGCUAUGAGCUCGAUGGGCGUGUCAUGAACGUCGACUUUGCCAACAAGAAGCCCGACGCAGGCGAUAAGCAGGAGAAACGACGCCAGUCUUAUGGAGACGCUUUGAGCGAACCCUCCGACACUUUGUUCCUGGGCAAUUUGUCUUUCGAGAUCACCGAGGACGAUGUCUACAACAUCUUUGCGCCAUACGGAAACCCCACCGGUGUCCGCAUCCCAACCGACAAGGACACUGGCAACGUCAAAGGAUAUGGCUACGUGACCUUUGCGACAUUGGACGAGGCCAAGAGUGCGCUCGAGGGUGCGCAGGGCUCCUACGUCAAGAACCGACCCAUGCGUGUGGACUAUGCCCAACCACGUCAACAGAAUGGUGACGCACCAGCCCGCGGAGGCGGGUUUGGUGGUGGGUUCGGUGGUCGUGGUGGUCGCGGAGGUCCUCGUGGAGGCCGUGGCGGCGGCAGGGACUUUGGUGGACGUGGUGGACGAGGAGGAGGCCGUGGUGGUCCUCGCGGAGGUGCUCGCGGUGGAAGAGGCGGCACCACCAACCGAGGCGGCUUCGGUGACUUCUCUGGCAAGAAGACUACCUUCUGA